GUUACCGCGAGCUUGAGUGUGGUUUCCUGGUCGCCAGUGUGCACGUGUUGGGCGAUGCACUGAGGAUUUUAGAUAAUUUCACCACAAUUUAGUGUCUUUAAGGAUUUCUUUGUCUGCUUAGAGACGAGCAGCUUGUAGUCCGUGCUGCUGGGCGCGUGUCAUGGCGGUUGGAAGAGGGGGGAGGUUUUUAUGGUCGCCAGCUAACAGCGGGGGCUCGAGAGCUAGCGUUAGCUGAGCCGGAGAACAACAUGUUCAGACUUGUUCCCAGACUCAUGGAGGGUGAAGGGACCGCGUCGCAUGUACCAUAAGGAAACCUGGCAGUUAUUUUAACUCGUCAAUGACAAAUACAAUGGAUUACCAGUUUCCACAGCAGCUCUUUCCUUCGUUUUACAAGUGCGGACCGCCGGACUCGGUCCUGAAACACUCGGCUGGAAACUGGGGCUGCUACGACCGAGUCAGACCGCAGGGCAGCUCUGGUCCUCUCACCAGCUCCACAUUCACAUCCAGACAUCAGGUCAGAGGGGAGACGUGGUGUCACACUGAGCCAGUGCCGGUUCCCCUCCUGUCCCCAAAAAACACUGUCCUUUGGCCUUCAACGCCUCCAGAUCCACUGGACUUCACAGAACAUGUUUUACGUUUAGAUGCAGAACUUCUUCGUGGAUCACUGUGAAGAUGCCUUUGGGUGCAUGGGUGAGAUUCUGGGUGAAAACUUCAACUUUAAACAACGAACGAGAGGGAAACGGCGGAGGGAUUCAGUCAACAUGUGGAAGGUGAGAAACUUCCUGGACAUGCUGAAUGUUAAAAUAUGUCAGCAGUCGUACUCCUCCAAAGCAGUGGACAGGUACAGCGCCCUGCUGUCGGACGUGGUGCACGCCGUCCCUCCUCAGCUGCUGGGUGCUCUGCUGUACGAGGAGCUGACGGAGCAGAGAGACCGCCUGGUGUUCUCUGAAGGAGCCACAGGGGGCGCUCUGGCCUUUGUCCCUUUCUCACAGAGCAGUAGCGGCUCUCAGCAUGGCUGUCUCCUCUAUCCCAGCAACCAGGGACUCGACUGCCUCAACUUCCACAGAGUGGAGCUGCAGCACCACAGAGGAGAUUCUUCCUGUGUGGAUGCCAGCAGCAGAGACCCGUUCAGCUUCCAGCUGAAAGGCCCCGUCAGACAGAUCAGCUCUGCCUCCCUGUUCAGUGAUUGUUGUGUUGCUGUGCGGUCGGAUCGCCUGUGCGGUGUUUGGAGGUUCAGUGAAACAAACGAGCCACGUCUGCUACAAGUCGUCAACACUAAAGAGGUCGCGACCUGCAUCAGUGUCAGUCCUCAUGUUUUAGGUGAAGUUCUGGUGGCGAGUGAGAGUGGAGUGGCAAAGCUGUGGACUGUCGGCAGAGGGAUGCAGAAGGUUCGGGAGGAAGACAGCAACCUGUACUUCAAUACCAAGUCGUCAUGGCGUUGGUGCGAGUUCUCCGCCCACCCGAGAGUGAUGCUGUACGCCGACCGGACAGGGGUGGAGCUCACUGAUAUCAGGGAGAGUCCUGUCAGUGGUCACACUCUGUUUCGUAUCAGCAACGCCUCAGACUGUCGCAGUGGGGAGAGACUCAUCCUGUCCAGAUAUCUGGCAGACGUCCACUCCUUCCACCACCUCAUCACCACUCAGUACUCAGCCUACAUCAUGGACGAGCGAUUCCCCAGCGUGCCCAUGCUCAAGUGGGAUCACAUGAUGCAGUCCCCGCCUAUGUUUUGUCACGUGAUUCCAGGCUCCGCUUCCUCUGGCUCAGCAGUGGACGGGGCCAGGACCACAAAGGUCCUGUUGGGCUCCCAGAGUUCUCAGGAAAUCACACUGCUGCAGUACUCAGGAGGCAGAGCAGAGGCCUGUUUCAGUAGAGGUCCUCCUCAGGCUCUGCUCAGACCCAAAGACAGUCUGAAACACGUUCCUGUCCAGAUCCCUCACCGUCUGGACACUGCAACCAACAGACUGUCCUCACCUGCCGGAGGUCUGACUUGUAUCCAGAAUAAAGGAGGAAGAGAAGCAGGUGGCGAGGAGUGUGUCUGUAUCCUACAGCUGACGGAGGCGGGAGAUAUUUUCUACCAGAUCCUCGAGCCCAAGCAGCCGGACGCCUCUCGACCUCCAGCAGCAGAGAACGAGCCGUCGUCACAAGCCACAACAUCAGGGAGGAAAUCUGCAGAGCGGCGUCAACCAGAUGCUCAGCCGGUUAUAUGUGACACUUCGAGCGACGAGGAUCUAAUCGGACCAACUCAGGGUCCGACUGCGCAGAGAGUUGUUGCUGAAACACCAGAGAGGCAGCAGCGAGACGUGAACAUUUACUCUGACUCUUCCUCCGAGGAGUCAGAGGCAGUAGGGAAACGUAAAUACCUGAAGCACUUGCUCCUGGACGUCGUCGUCAACAACAAUGAUUCAGGGGAGGACCAGGACGACGAAUUGGACACAGGUGUGGAAGAUGGAAAGGUGGGUCAAAAUAACGGCAACGUAGAACCUGGUAGCGUGAAGGAAGCAAUCAGCAGCGUGAGUCACGUUGGUCCCUCGAGGGUCCAGACUCCAGCACAGCUCAGCGACAGCACUCUUGUCACGUGGAAACAUUGGCUCCAAAAACUGAGGCAAAAGAGUCAUGAAAAGAAGCCCCGCCCACACCACCUGCAGCACUUCACGAUCCCAACCGACGGCCUCCUCAACCCGUCUGUCAGCGAAGCGAGAGACUCGACCGAAGAGGAGCGUGUACAGAGCCUCAGGCGGGAUCUGAGAGCGUGCAUGUCCAAGCGCUCGCUGCUGGUCCACAGCGCCGUCUCGGCCUCGCUCGAGGCUCCGGAUGCGGUACCAGUGCCAGACGGCGUGGACACAGCAGUCUGGACAGAUCAGCUCAGCCACCGUCUGACUUUGUCCUGGCAGGGGGUGGAGGCGUGGCGGGCAUGGUGGAAUGACCAGCUGGGGCUGAACAGGGAGGAGAAGAUGGAGGCUCUGAGGAGGAAGAGGAGGAAGGAGAAGGCUGCGAAGAGAGCCGCUGGUGCACUCCUGGAGCUGUCUGCGAGCUUCUCCUCAUCCAGCUACCAGUCAGAGCUAGACGACUUCUCGGACUGGUCCUCUGAGGCGAGCCGGGGGGCGCAAUCAGACACGGAAGGUCCGGCGUCCCAGUUGGAGAGCUUUUUGGAGCACGGGACGCCAAGAGGCGCGACAGCCAGCACCGUGCAAACCGACUCUCCGUUUGCCACGCCGACGGCCACACCUCAAACUCUUAAAGGUAAAAAAGGUGAGCAGGAGACCCCCAGCAGCUCCCGCACCCUCUCCCUGUCCCUGACACCAAGACCCGACUCCACACCGGCCAGUCAGAGGAGGAACAAACAUCCAGGCGAGCGCUACCUCAGCUCUCUGUUUGCACAGGAUGAGCCCUUGCAGCAUGAUAGUUACUACCUGGAAGACCCCUCACCUCCACCUGUGGCCUUCUCCUCUCAGCUCCGCAGCUCCCAGUCUGUCACUCAGAGGAGCCACAGGGUGGACCUGUCCCAGGGCACCUCGGCCUGGUCCGGCUUCUCCCAGUCCCUGUCCCAGUCCCAAAGUUCACAGGGUCGACUGGGGCUGUCGCAGGCAUCGCAACCCAAGAAGAAGAAGUCUCGAAUGGGAUUUUGAUUGGUUGGUCUGUCCGUCACACAGAGAGCGUAUCGUUUGGAACAAAUGUUUCCUAAACAAAAAGGCUUGGCGUCUUCAGUUGGGUCAGGAUUAAUAAAUCCUUUGGAUCUAUAGAAGUAUUAUACGCUGGGAUCGUACUUACAAAAAUUGAACAUGCAAACUGGAUCUAAUGGAGGAGGAGAAACUGACUGUGUUGGAAAAGGAUCCAUCACAGAAAGAGCUCUGGAGAAGAACACGGAUCACGUUUCAUUUGGUAGGACUGAGCCGAAUUUCUUAUCUUUGGUUUGUCUGUGUGUGUGUUUUUGCGAGCGUGUGUGUCUGUAAUGUACGGAACAAAGCAGUGUCUGAUGAUCUGAGCAGUCAGGCUGCAGAUAACUGAGCUGAUGAUUCACUGUGAAAGUGAAAUCUUAUUUUUGUUUUGUAUUUCUCUUCAUCAAUACUGUUUCUCAGACAUCACUCAGUUUUUUUUACUGAUAAAUGAAAGUGCACCUCGCUCACUGUGAUAAAUUCUAUUUAUGAAACUUUUCUACAUUUGCUUUUCUAAACAAAACUUAAACAGAUGUUCUCAAUAAAACCACAACUCAAAGAA